GCUCCACCAUACGAGCUGCCUAACGUGCUGCGUUAUCAUGGCCACUCUCAGACGAAAUAUCCGCUUCUCCCGUCCUGGAUCGAGCUGAGCAUCUCUCCGGCCGUCCCAUUCUCUCUGCCCUCUGCCGAGCUGAUCGGCUUCUCUCCGUCCAAACCCAGCAGCAUCAGCAGCAACUCUCCCCUCUCUACUGAGCCUUCUCCACCCUCUCCCCUGUCAACGACGGCGCCCUCCCCUCGUCCUCCUUCCCCGCCACUUGAGUUCUGGAAUCGGGGAGCUCUGGAAGGCAGUCUCCGGCCAUGGCAACGGCGGCACGCUCCUCCGGCGUCCAGUUUCUCGACCAGUUCGCACCGCCGCUUGAGUCGCUGACCCCCACCGCCUCUCUCUCUCUGGUUCCGGGGCAGCCCUGCUGCGAUUUGCCUCCGCGUCUUGGUUGGAGUUGCUUGCUCUUACUCAUAAAAGCAGAAAGCUCACCAAGCUCGUCGGAAUGGCAGGGGUGUUGGACCUGCUCCUCGGCAAGCUCACCAUGCUGCUUAGCGACGAGUACAAGAUGCUCACAGGGGUGAGGAGGCAUGCCUCCUUCCUCAAGGACGAGCUCAGUGCCAUGAAAGCUCUCCUUGACAAGAUGGAGCUUAUGGACAAGCUUGAUCCCUCAGCCAAGAACUGGAGGGAUCAUAUAAGAGAGAUGUCCUAUGAUAUGGAGAACUGCAUCGACGACUUCAUGCAUGAUAUUGAAGGUACCCAUGUAAAGGCAGGCUUUGUUAGAAAGAUGGUUCAGCGUCUUAGGAGGCUGGGGAGACGUCAUAAGAUAGCGAAGAGGAUCCAGGAGCUCAAGGUUCUUGCGGUGGAAGCAAGUGCUCGACGUGAGAGAUACAAGAUUGAUGAUUGCAUCAAUUCGAGUCGUGGUGUUGCGGUUGUGGAUCCCCGGAUGUCGGCGAUCUACAAUGAUGCGGCAUGCCUGGUAGGUAUUGAUGGACCAAAAGAAGAGCUUGUCAGUUGGUUAACUGAUUCACAUAAGAAACUCAAAGUGGUUUCUAUUGUGGGGUUCGGAGGUGUGGGUAAAACUACACUUGCCAAACAAGUGUACAAUGAGAUUGGAGAGCAAUAUAACUGUAAGGCAUUUAUUUCGGUCUCCCAAAGACCUGAUAUGAAAAGCCUUCUUGGUGGCCUACAAUUCAAGCUUGGACUGGAGGAGUCUUCUCAUGCUCACGAGCUGCAAGACUUCAUUGACCAGCUUAGAGAACACCUCAAACAUAAAAGGUACUUCAUUUUAUUGGCUGACUUGUGGGAUCAAUCGGCAUGGAACAUUAUUAAUUGUGCCUUUUCGGAAAAUGAUAAUGGAAGUAGAGUAAUGAUAACCACAUGAUUGGAUAAUGUAGCUGCCAGGGCGUGUCGCAAUGACCGUGCCUGCAUUUACAUAAUGAAGCCCCUUGGAGAGCAAGACUCAAGGAGAUUAUUUUUUAAUAGAGUAUUUGGGUCUGAAAAUGUCGGCUCGGUACAAUUCAAAGAAAUUUCAGUUGAAAUUCUCAAGAAGUGUGGCGGGUUGCCACUUGCAAUUAUCACCAUAGCUAGCCUAUUAGCUUGCCAUGAAGCAGGAUCUUCAAAUGAGUGGGAGAGCAUAAACAAUUCUCUUGGCGCGAAGUUUGCCACAAAACCCAUAUUGGAAGAGAUGAGAGGUAUACUAAACCUUAGCUACACACAUCUUCCUAUUCAUCUCCGACCAUGUUUUUUGUAUCUUGGCAUGUAUCCAGAAGACCGUUUGAUCAUUAGGGAUGACCUAGUUCGACAAUGGAUCGCCGAAGGAUUUGUUUGUAAUUUGCAUGGAGCAGAUUUGGAAGACGUUGCCAAGAGUUAUUUCGUUGAGCUUAUCAAUAGAGGUCUGAUUCAGCCUGAGAAAACAUGCUAUGGAGAUGUAAUUACAUGCAGGAUACAUGAUAUGAUGCUUGAUUUGAUCCUAAGCAAGAGUACAGAGGAUAAUUUCAUCAGUGUGGCAUAUAAGCAUGAAGACAUGGCAAGAUUUAAUAGUUGUGAGUACAAAGUUCGUCGAUUAUCUCUCCAAUCAAGUGUUGGUGGUGCAAUGUCGAAGACCCUUGCUACUAGCAUGUCACAAGUCCGAUCAUAUACACAGUUUGGAGAGUCCAAGUACAUGCUUCCUCUUCCACAAUUUAAGUAUCUAUGGGUGCUUGCUUUUGAGUUUCCGUUUAACUGGAAAACGACAAUCGACCUCAGGGCAACUGGCCAUUUGUUUCUACUAAGGUAUUUGAAGGUUUCAGCUCUGUCCGCAGAAGUAGCGCUCCCUGCAGAAAUUCAAGGGCUUGUGCAUUUGGAAACUCUUGAGUUACAUUGCCGGCCCAUACAAAGGUUCCCAUCGGAUAUCACUUGCUUGGCCAACUUGUUUCAUUUGAUACUUCCAGAGUGCACAUUGCUUCCUGAAGGGAUCCAGAACAUGAAAUCAGUUAGCACCCUGCAUUGUUCGGACAUGUCAGAGAGUUCCCUCAAGGAAAUCAAAGGCCUUAGCGAGCUGACUAAUCUGAAGGAAUUGAAGUUACGUGUGCCCACUUACUACCCAGGCAUGACGAUUGAAUGUUUCGAUGCUUUGCUCUCCUCCAUUGGAAUGCUUCGAAACCUCAAGCACCUCUCCCUCGAGUGCUGGCAUAAAUACGAUGGCUAUGACAGCUAGCCGGACUCAUUAUCCGAUCCUCCACCCUACCUCCAGACAAUCCAUUUGGAAGGUUUAUCAUUUAGUAUAGUUCCCAAAUGGAUUGGUGAGUUACGCUGCCUCCGGAUCCUCUCUCUGCGUGUCGUGUACCUGCCGAGUGACAAGGUUCGUGUUGUUGGAAAGCUUCCCUCC